AAACAACUCGAGCUAUACUAUGUCCAUGUCAGGACGUUGUGCAGGGGUGGAGAUAUCAGAAAAAUCAUAAACAUGACACUGAUAUCGUUUGCAGUAGAGUCACUUGGUUCGGAUGAGCGUGAUCUUCACUCAGCAGGGAUCAAGAUCUUACACAGCUUGAUACAUACACAAUUACAUGAUUACAGCAGAGAGCAAGCACUUUCCAGAAUUCAAAAUUCACCUGAUGUGAUUGAACACUUGUUCAAGGUGAUCACACGGACCAGGAUAGAAGAUAGACCAGAAAGAGCUAGGGCUACCCUGAUCAUCGCUAAGCUCGCUGGUAAUCUUUGUGUUUCUGGAUUCCCAUAUGCGAUGCAUUCACUCCGCUCCUUACUUGAAACUAGUGAUGAAGAUGCUAUUGUGACAGAAGAAAGUAAUAAUAUUGAUGUAAAUUUGGUUUUGAAAGGAUUGGAAAUUCUCCAGCAGCUGGCAUGUAACACGUGCAACUUCACAGCAAUAUCCAAUGCAGAUGAGAUCAUGCUGAAGAUCACAAAAUUCACGCGGUACAAUCCUGCCAUGACUGCUAUCGACUUUGAAAAGGCUAGGAAUUCACUACAACUGCUUAGCAGACUUGCAGGGAAUAUUGGCAAACAAGGGGCCAUGAUACGUCAGGUGAUCUCCAAUAAUGUCUUUCUUCUGUCAAAGAUCAGAGAGAUACUAUUGCAAGAUCCUACAAAUGAUCAACAAUUGGAGGGACUUCAGAGCCUAGCUGUAAAAAUAAUUGAAAGCUUUGCUCUGGACAGUAAGGCAGGAACAUGUAAAACCAUCACAGGAAUUCUUACUUUGCUGCUGGAUAUUUUCUCCGAGUCACUGCCACCGGUUAGUGAUCUCGGGUUGAAUGCUGGCAAAGCACUGGGAAAACCGAGCAGCGGCACCCACACCCAUGGCAACGUCGCCGGCGGUGCUCACCCAGCCAUUAGUGUCGAAUGCCUGAGUACGGACCGACUCUCGAUUCGCUGGAGGGAGAGAGAUUGUCAGAUUGGGGAUUCGCUCGGAGGAGGAUUCCGUCGGCGGUUGGCCGGCGUUGUCCGUGAUUUGGGGAAUUUUUUUUUUUUUGAGAGAGGACGAUUUGGGGAUUGGAAGAUGACAUUGGGGCUGCGGCGGCUUGCUCGGCGGCGCACUGGGGACGCGGCGGCACUGGGGGCCGAGGUGGCUCACCUGCGCAGGAAGAAGGAAGAAGAAGAGGAUAAGAAAUUGUUGAGUGGCUGACAUGUACUCUUAGGUCAG